UUUCAGAUGCCUCUGGAUGUUCAAUGAUAGCACUCCUCCAUACUGGAGCAGCAAAGUUUCCCCAACACUUUCUUCCAAGGGCGAGACAAGCUGUGUGCCUGCUCCUCCCUGCUGCUCUUCUCAAAGGGUACGGCUCCAUCAUAAGCAGGAAACUGGCGUCCCACGGCUUUGGAGCUUCCAUGGCAGCAAUGUCAUCCUUCCCUCCACAGAGAUAUCACUACUUCUUAGUGCUGGAUUUUGAGGCCACAUGUGAUAAACCACAGAUUCAUCCUCAGGAGAUCAUCGAAUUCCCUAUCCUGAAGCUGAAUGGAAGGACGAUGGAAAUUGAAUCCACCUUUCACAUGUAUGUUCAGCCUGUGGUGCAUCCCCAGCUUACGCCCUUCUGUACAGAGCUGACUGGGAUUAUUCAAGGCAUGGUGGAUGGGCAGCCGAGCCUCCAGCAAGUGCUUGAGAGGGUCGACGAAUGGAUGGCAAAGGAAGGACUCUUAGAUCCCAGCGUCAAGUCGAUUUUUGUGACCUGUGGAGACUGGGAUUUGAAAGUGAUGUUACCAGGACAAUGCCAGUACUUAGGGCUGCCGGUUGCUGAUUACUUCAAACAGUGGAUUAAUCUGAAAAAGGCGUACAGCUUUGCCAUGGGGAGUUGGCCAAAGAACGGACUCUUAGACAUGAACAAAGGACUGAACCUACAGCACAUAGGGAGGCCUCACAGCGGGAUAGAUGACUGUAAGAACAUCGCCAACAUCAUGAAGACACUGGCCCAUAGAGGCUUCAUCUUCAAGCAGACCUCCAAACCCUUUUGAUCCCCAGGGCAGGCCAGGCAGGGCUGCAUGCGCCCGGCGCCGGCGAGGCGGGGAGGACGGGCUCUAGCAUUCAAACGGCAACCGAGGCCAGAGGAACCGACACAAAUCUCAAUUCAGCUGUUACUCCAGUAGAGGUUGUAUAUAUGGGAAGGCAAAUCUGUGUAGACCUGAUGUGACUCCCUCUCUGGGCUGCUCCGGACAUUAUGCCAUGCUAGCGGACAGCCGCGUAGGGCGCUUGCACCACAUUUUAGACUCGUAGUUUGUUCUUUUCUUUGGCUCCCGAUUUCCGUCCCUCCCUCCGCGCCCCACCCCGUCCUCCCUCUCCCGCCCCGUAGCCACCACGUCCCCCGGCAUGGGCCGUCCCCGCCUUCCCUUCUUUCUUUUUGCUGGUUUUAUGUUUUCAGGCCUUGACGGCUGCUGCAGCGCGUGCCCACGCCGCGCUCCUAGAGACUCAGCAGUGUCGAGACGGCCCCCGCCCUCCCCGCCAGCCCCGGCCUCUCCCCGAGCGCCUUUCUCCCCUCUUUUUGAAUCGACACUAACCCCUCUCUGACUCCUGUAUGUGACAAACGCAAUCCGUCUCUUUAUGUUCAAGGUGAAGUGCCUGUAUUCUCCGCUGCAGAGCCCCUGGCAGCCCUGGUGCGGGCUGCGGGGCCCCGGAGGGCUCCCUUCAGUGGGGCAGGGGCCCGGCGGGCGGGUAGGCGGGCAGCAGGGGGGGAGGUGACAGCGUGCAGAGCCCCCGUCCCGUCCGCUCGUGCCUCUCGGGGAUGGGUGGGAUGCCCAGCCCUGCCCCAGCACCACCGACCCGUCCCAGCUCCGCCGGGGCCAGGUGUGCCGCAGCACCGCGUCCAUUGCCGGCGGUGGACGUGCCAGCGCGCGCUGGCCCCGACCCACAGGUACCUGGAGCAGGGGAUCUGUAAAUCGGCCCAGGUCCCCCGGCCCGCUCCCCUCCCGCUCCCCCGGUUCCCAUGCUGAGGCUCAGCCCCCGCGUGCCCGCGGUCCCCGCACUCCCCGUGCCCCUCGCGGGUCCCCGCGGAUGCUCAGCAGCAGCUGGCUUGUUGCCUGAGAGUUGCCGAGCGCGUCCCCUCUGGCUGGGUGGGUUCGCAGUCGGGGGCAGCCACGGGGCAGGCUGAGGGCGUGCAACCCCAGUGUCACCCAGUGUCACCCAGCCCCGGGGCCCUGCUGAAUGGAGCCCUCAUCCGGGUGCUGACCUGCAGGGAGGCUGCAGCCCCGGGCCCGUGCGUGCAUGGCCUGGAGCGAAGCCGGUGACGGCAGCCAGAAGGGCAAUACAGGCACUGAACUUGGCGGUACAUGACUGCAUGGUGUGUGGUGUUCCAGUUAAACCAACCGAUAAUGCAAACCCAGCAUUUUCAUUGUCUAGUUAUUCCAAUCCUUGCUGUAAAUGUGCCACAUGAAUAAAGUUUGGGGGUAAAGGA